UCAUCUCCAGUGGUCCAACGCGUCAUCGGGGAGGCAGAGGCUAGGCUAGCAAAGAAAAACAAACUGAGUACGUGCUGCUUAUCCGCGGAGCGGAGGGGAUGUCGACCCGAUCUAAUAAAUACAUCCGUCUUCUCUAGAUCCACCGGUGCCGACCCAGUGAAUGUUGUCUCCAGAGUUAGAUUUUCCGCGGAAGAUGAGCUCUGUGCAGCGGGGAAGGCGCUAACCUGGCUAGUUAACAGCGGCUAGUUAGCAGUGGCUAGGUAGCCAGGCUGCUAACCUUUGUUUUGAUGCCUUCAGCUGAUCCCUGUACAAUGUGCACCAGCGGUUAGCUGAGGCACACGAUUAGACAACCCUCGCAUGCAUGUCAUUCAGAACAUAUUUUAAAAAAUACAUCGUUCGUCCUCGGAGGCUUUAAUGUUUAGAUUUCAACACAUUUAAUCGGAUCGAAGCACAACAUUUGCGGCCAAGUGAGAGAGGCUCGACUGCAACAACAACAAAAAGCCAGACAGACAGCUCCUUGUCGCCUGGCUGGCACACUGCUCUGCCCGGACCGCGAAGAGAGAGACAUGGGCAACUGUCUGAAGUCUCCCACCUCGGACGAUAUAUCGUUGCUGCAUGAUUCCCUGUCAGACAUGGCGAGCUAUGGCGAAGGGCCAGACCCCGACCUGGAGCCGCCUCCGCCCUACCAGGAGCAGGCCAACAUGCCGAUGUACCAUCCCACCCCAAGUCAGACCCGCCUGGCCACCCAGCUGACGGAAGAGGAGCAGAUCCGCAUCGCACAGCGCAUCGGCCUCAUCCACCACCUCCCCAAGGGCGUGUACGACGGAGGCCAAGACGGCUCCGAGAAGAAGAUCAGAGAGUGUGUGAUCUGCAUGAUGGACUUUGUGUACGGCGACCCCAUCCGGUUCCUGCCCUGUAUGCAUAUCUACCACAUGGACUGUAUCGACGACUGGCUCAUGCGCUCCUUCACCUGCCCAUCGUGCAUGGAGCCCGUGGACGCCGCCCUCCUCUCCACCUACGAGACCAAUUGACCGGACAACUCCCACCCCCCCCACUGACCCACCUGACGCUGACAUCGACCACGCCUCUCCCUCGUCCCGUUCUCACACACACAGAAAAAACAAAACAAACGCAAUCUGCUGCGCUUUCAUACGUUGGGACGUGCAGUCGAUAGGGCGGCUGGGGUCCACUCUGAAAACAGACUGUUUUGAUAACGGCCGGUUAUUCGACGGACACGAAUGAAACGGAUGGCAUGUGGUGCCUCCCUGGGAGUGUGACCCAAUCACCUUGUCCACACUGCUAGAAUAAUCAAGACACAAUUGUUUAUUUUCAGACGACAGUGCAUGACCGUGGUUGUAGUAGUGUGUGUGUGUGUGCGUGUGUUUCUUUUUUUUCUCCCUCAUUUCCACCUGAGCUGGUCUCGGUGGUGUCCCACCUCGAAUAGCAUCAGUUUUACUUGGUUAGCAUCAGUUCAAUUCAAUGUUUCUGCUACUGACUUCACUGACCAAAUUCCGCCAGCAAGAACUUUCAUUGUUUCAGUGUGUCUGCGGUCUCAACUGGAAGCAUAACGUCGGUUAUGUCUGCUAGACUCGUUCAUCGCUGUAAAAAACAAAGAAAAUACCGAAAAAAUAGAGCGAUAUAAAAAAAGCUUUGCACUUUGUGGAGAUAGGUGUAAAAUACUUAAUUGUACACUGGUAGUGUCGAGUGAUGACCCUGUUAUAUUUCCCAGAAACCAAUAGCCGACAUUCAGCAACAAUGUAUAUGUAAUGCAGAGUUGGGCUACACGACUCCUGGGCUACUGAACUCAAUGGCAUCUCUUUGAGUUUCAUCGAGUCACUGAGUGUCUUCUAUAUGUCGUGGCCCCACUGCCACUCUUACGAAGUGCGAAUUCAAAGUUGUGUCAAAAACAACUUGACGAUUUGAAGGAUGACCCAUUCAGCGUUUGAAUUGUGACAGGUAAUGUACGUUACCCAAAGAGUAAAGCAAAGCUGGUCCGCCGCCGCAAAAAGGGCUCAACUGCAUGAGCCGGCGGAUCAGCUUAAACUGAACAACGCUUGCACAAAUACUCAUCGGAUCCAGAGACUUGCACUUUACUUACAUGACUAUAAUGGAAUUCAUAGAUUAAUAUAUACUUUCAAUAUCUUGCACUAUCCAUUGUAUUGCUUUCCAAUUUUCCUUUUUCUUUCUUUUUCGUUGCAGACAGGUUAAAUGGUUCGACGCUGACAGUCGUCAUCCUGAUGACCUAUUUCAUGAAUUGUGCAAUUCUGUAAUAAGAGCCGGUCUGGUGUGUUCUGCUUGUGUGGCCCCUUGUUGUGCUUUCGUGUCUGUACAGAGGGACAGAGGUUCGCUCCACUGUGACAGAGAGUAGGCUAGAUCACAUGAUAGCUCAUGCCAUGUUCCAAUAAAGGCCAUGCAGCCUAUUGAUUGUCCAUUGGCUACAACUUGUUUGAUUAUUGGUUUUGUAGCAGUACCCUGUUAGCCGUUGAUCAGAUUUAAACUGCAGUGUGUGGUUUAAUUUCCCAUGUGAUGCUGUGUUCUGAGUUUCUUUGGUUGCAAUCCUUUUAUUUUUCUUUCCACCUUGUGUCUUGGCCAAGUGUUGAAGUUGUAUAGACUCCAUUGUGUAUUUAGGAGACUAACCACCCUAACUCUUAAUCUAUAUGCUACGUAUAGUUUUAGCAUGACUAUGCAAACCUCUGUCCCGAAUGAAUUUCCGAGAAAGAGAGUUCAGAUUACAUCUUUUCAGUCAUGGGCUUUUCUAUUUCAGCAUUUAUUAUUUUGACUUUGGUUUGAACUCUCUGAAAAUAUCCAUGUCAUUUUGGUUUUUUUGAAGUUUAACAUGCCCUUAUGUAAACAAAAAUAAAUCUGAAAGCACA